CACUUCCGGCCGCCAUUUUAGAUUCAGAGAUUCAACUUGGGAACGGGUCAAAUAAAUAAGUAAACAAGCUAAAAACGGUUCCUAUAUGUAACUGCAAUACACAGAGUAGUUUACGCUCACGGAGAGAGGAUCUCUUAAACAUCUCCAAAACUCUGGUUAAUGUUGUUUAACGACUUUGUGCGUGUUUGAGAGUUUGCUCUGUCACUGAAACAGUUUAGGUUAACGUUACUGUAACGUGGGUUGCGGGUGCCACAGGAGGAGCCAUGAGCACGCCAUGAGACAAGUGGACAGAUGUUUACACACUGGACUGUUACUGUUCGGACAUAAGCUAAUUAAGUUGGUCAUCCGGCUGAUUAGCUAGUGGCAGCUGAGAAUUUUGAGACAUGUUCAACAUUCGAGAGACAGAGAGAGACUUGAAGAUCUGGCUGGUUGUUCGACAUUACAAUUCCAAGGAACUCAUUCCAAGUCUCCGGGUAGAAUCUGCAGGGGGCUCACCAUGGUGCAGGAGAAGAACGACGGGAUAAACAAAGACAUGGUCCUUCCACCAAUUCAACAGAAGAGACCCGCUUUGUCCUGGGAAUUGAAGAUUAAGAAGAAGCUGACGGUGCCUACCUGUCUGGGCAAGUUCAGACCAUUUGUUGGCCAGUGCUGCCACCAGUGCACCCCAGACAGUCUGCGCAAGAAGCUUGGCCAGAACUCUCCCCUUGGCUUCAACAACCUGCUGAGUGUCAACGAGACGCACACCAGGUAUCGAGGUUGGCUGGUGCGGAGGGUGUGCUGCAUGCUGUUUGUGAGUGGGUGCAAGGCUUACGCGAGUCCUGUUAGCAACAGACUGGAGAGAGUCUGUCAGAGCAACAGGGUGAAGGAGGCACUCACAGCACAGCAUAAAGCACCAGAAGGGGGAGAUUGCCGAGGGCAGAUCAACAGCCUCUCACCAUUCCUCCCCCUCAUUAACACCUGCAUCAUCCCUGGUCUCUUACGAUUUGUGGGCUGGGUGAUGCUGAAGAUGGGAGCCUCCAUGUUUGACAGCAUCCAAGUUAACCUCAACCAUCUGCCUGCUUUGCACACAGCUUCACAAGAGGGAUCUCUGCUGGUUUACGUCUACAUUCGUCAGAGCAUCAUGGACUGUGUGCUCAUCCCUCUGGUGCUCUUCUGUCGCAGCCUGAGAGUCCCAUACACUAUUUGUCCAUUCCAGAUUUACAGCCACUCCCUAAGUUACAGGAUUCUCUAUUUAUCCUACAGGUCAAUCCUACAGAGGGUAGGUGUGGUCCUCCUGCCAACUUCUGCACUGACUGAGAAGGAUGCUGAGAUGGACAGUCUGUACUUACCUGUCAUGACAUCGCUGGUACGUGAGCUGCUACAUGAGGGCCAGGCUAUAAGUGUUGGUGUGUCAGCGGAGUCUGGCCAAGGUUGCCAGUGGCUGGCUUGCAUCAGACAGCUCAUGAAAGAGGGAUCUGUCCCCGAUGUCAGUCUGGUGCCUGUGGGCAUCUCUUACGACUGUGUGCCCAAGACCAAAAUACAGGUUGGCUUAAGCUUUGUGUUGCAGUGGCUGUGGUCUCUUCUAUGGAGGAGACCAGGAGGGAGUGUGAGGAUCCACAUCGCUCAGCCCUUUUCUUUGAAGGAGAUGUGCGAGUCGGGUAGGUGCAGAGUAGAUGAAUGGCUCCCUCUACAGGACCUGUUGCUGCCUGUUAUCCUCCACAACAGAGCUGAGAGUGUGUUUGGACAGAGGAGGGUGUCGUGGCUCCUGCCUUCAUCUCAUUAUGCAUCCGAACUCAAAGAGCUGGCUACAGAGAGAGACCUCAGCAUCGCCAUCACCCUCCACCUCAUCUUCUCUGUGACCUCCUGCAUGGCUGUGAUGUGCACCAGCUUGGUGUCCAGUCUUUUGCUGUACAGACACCGCAAGGGAGUGAGUACUUCUCUCGUCUGUCAUGAUGUCGCCUGGCUCACGGAUGAAGUCUUGUUCAGGAACAGAGAUGUUGGAUUUGGGGGGAGUUUAGUGGAGGUUGUCCACUAUUCCCUCUCUCAGCUCGCCCCUCAUCUCAUCAUGGCUGCAGCGCCAUCCAGGAAGGACCCUUUUAUUAUCCCUCGUCCUUCUCUUGCUGCCACACUUCAUCUCACCCUGCAGGCCCAGAUUGUCACACACGCCUUCAUUUCAGAAGCUGUUGGUGCGUGUGCUGUGUCGGCCAUGCUAUGCGAGGUGGCCAACAGCGGCAUCGGCAGCAGGGUGAGGACCAGCGACGUGAACGGGGAGGAGGUGACAAGUGACAUGGAGUUCGAUGUGGUGCUCUGCCAGUCGGAGUUGACUGAGAAAGCCCUGCAGCUCUGCCAUCUCCUGCCUCCAGGCUUUAUGACACCGUGUCAGUCAUCCCAGAGUUUUGCCCUGGAUGCAAUUGACUGUCUGGUUCGCUGUGGCAUCCUGAUUAUGGAAGAAAUUCCCAGGGACGUUCCCAUCUGUGAUUUCUGGAAGAGGGAGGAAACUCUGACCUGGACCACCUCUGACGACCCUUAUCAGAGUGACUCAGACCGCGAGGAUGAGGAACAGCGUUCCUACAAGAUAAGCCAGCCAAGUCAGUGUCCAGAGAUGCUCUUCUUCCUCUGUAGUAUGCUGGCAGGUCACCUGAGGGCGCUGUGCUGGACCACCACCGGACUGGACCAUCUGCAUACACCUCUGCCAGAGGCAGAGUUUGUGGCUCAGAUACACUCCCACCUGUGUGACACAGCACAUAAGAAGAAACGGCACUACGAGAGCUGCUCCGAGGAGGCUGCGUAUACUGCAGUUAGAACACUAAUAGACCUGGGGGUCCUUUCGGAGGAGUGUCAGAAAGAAGGCGUCUUCCUGGGUGUCACUCCUUUGUUCCAGUUGUCAGAAAACAGGCAGAAGCUGCACCGCUUCAUCUCACAGUACCUCUACAAUUAACGUGUUUAACAGAGCAGCACGACUCAAGGCCUCGACUUGGCAUUGUUUUGUUGCAGAGUGUGACCUCAUCCUCUGUCGGUGUCGGAGAAGCUUGUGUUAAGUGUUACAAAAAAUGAUGCAUGCUGAGCCGGGACGCUCAUGCCUUUAGGUUAAUUGCAUUUUGAUUUUUCAGUGAUGAGACAUUGAUUUUUAAGUUUAUCUUUAGUAAUAGCAUUAGCAUAAAGCCACAGGAGACGAGGAUUAUGAAGUCCCUGUAAUCAGCUCUGAGGACUCUCGGUGCAACGCGUGUUUCGACCAUGUUUAUGUUAUAAUGAAGGCCGCACAAGUUUUGUUUGUAAUGUGAACAUCAAGAGUCAGUUCUGCUCUUUUUCUUGUUUUUCAAAAGUUGAUCAGUUAAAGAAAUAAAGAAGGCCACUGUUCAUACUGGCAAUAAACACACUGGCUUAUUUCAA